AUUGUCUAUCCCUUAGAUCUCAUCUUUGAAGUCUUGUUCUCCCAAUCACAUUUGCUCAGUUUUAAAUAAUAUGAACUUGAUGUUAGUCAAUUUUUUAGCCCUUUUAGAGGAAUAUUCGUAAUUCUACUUUUAACACGUACAAAUUAUCUAUUCGUUUAUUUAAACAUUGCACAUUUUAAAAUUGUUAUUUAUGUUGUGUUGAAUAAAUCAUUUUCAAAUAUUUCAAGUAAACAGUUAUCAUUGAAUGUCUAUUUUUGGGAGCACGUAAUUAAAUAUUAUAACUUAUUAUGGGAACUGAUUUUGGUAUUUGUAUACAAAAUAUAAAGAAAAAAAUAAUUUUAAAUGAUCAGCUUUAUGGAUUUGAUACAGAAAGAAGUGAACUUUUACAAAUAGUUAAGAAAACUAUUGAUUAUGGAGAAAGUGACUCUGUAAUAGUACUUGGACCUAGAGGUUGUGGUAAAUCUGUGUUAAUAGAAUCUGUAAUAAAAGAACUUUUACCUGAUUCACAUACACUUGUAAUGUUAAAUGGUCUUAUUCAUACAGAUGAUAAUUUGGCUCUUAAAAGUAUUAUUCAACAACUUCAAAUAAAAAAUUUGGAUGGAGCUUAUGUUGAAGGAUCUUACGCUGAUAAUAUAUGUUUUUUACUGGAGAGUUUUCGAGCUGGAAAUAAAAUGGCUUCAAAAUCAAUUAUUAUGGUAUUAGAUAAAUUUGAUAUGUUUUGUUCUCAUACGAAUCAAACAUUAUUAUAUAACUUAUUUGAUGCUGUUCAAUCUCAACAGAAUCCAUUAAGUAUUAUUGGUGUGUCAUCACGUAUUGAUGUUAUUGAAUUGUUGGAAAAACGAGUAAAAUCCAGAUUUUCCCAUAAUAUUUUGAUGAUAAAACCCCCUUCUGAACCUCAUGAACUAUUAGGAAGAUUAAAAUGUUUACUUCAAUUAAGUAAAGAUUGUAAAAUAGAGUCUGAUGUACGUAAAAACUGGAAUAACAAUAUUAACUUGUUGAUAUCAGAUCCACAAUUACAAGAUUUAAUGAACGAUCUCCUAAAAUUAAGUAAUAAUAAUACAAAAUUAAACAUGCUUGUUUUUAUGGCACUUUCAAAUUUAUCAAAAGAUAAAAUGCUGAUGGUUGAAAAUUUGAUUUGUAGUUUUAAUUCUUUAUAUAAACAAGAUUUGACCCUGGUUAAUUUACUAGGCCUAUCAGUAUUAGAACUAUGUUUAAUGAUUUCAAUUUGUCAUCAUUCAGAAAUUUAUAAUAAAGAACCAUUUAAUUUUGAAAUGAUUUAUGCUCGCUACUGUAAAUUUGCAUCACGCAACUCUUCAUUGCUUGUAACUAAAAGACAAGUUAUUAUAAAAGCUUUCGAAAGAAUAUCUAUUAUGGAAUUAAUUCAACCUGUUACUGCUAUUGAGAAUAAAAAUAUUUUAAAAGAAUAUCGACUGUACAAAUCAUCAGUCAAUUUGGAUAAAAUGAAAGCUGCUUCAAACCUAUAUUAUAGAUUACCACCAGUGAUAUUACAGUGGAUAGAUAGUAAUAUUAUUUAAGUUAGUUCUUAAUUAAGUUCCUUUUUUAUUAUUAAUUUAGUGUAUUUAUUUUAAAAU